AUGGGGCUGGGGGAGGGAACCCGGGAAGCGCAGAAGUCCGCUGCUGCAUUUAGGCUGGAACCGUACCGCACCUGUGCAAUCCGGCUUCGGAGCCAGAAAGGACCAGAACACCGCCUCCCCUCCACCCUACCCCCCGCACAAGGCGAACAAAGUGCGAGCGCAGAGACGUCCGGGGUUCCCCAGGACGCAGAGCCCCCGAGCCCCAGCCCCGGAGGAGGGGCCGGGGACGCGCAGGAAACUUACCUCACCCGGGCAGCAUUCGGGCGCCUCUGCUGUCGAGACCAGUUGCGCCACAGUCGGCAAGUUAUCUGGAUGGAGUUGCUUCCACCCGGCGCCGGGAGAUCUGUGCGGGCGAGCGGCGGGAGGGGCCGGAGGGUCGGCGGGGCGGGGGCGGGGCGCGGCGCGGCGCGCGGAGCCGGCAGGUGCCGGGCCGGAGCCGCCGGGCCAAACUCGCCCGGGACGCGCCUCCGCGGGGGCGCGCGGCUGCGAGUGUGCAAUGCGCGCGCGCCGCGGCAAGUGUGUGUGUGCGUGUGUGUGUGUGUGUCCCCGCUUUCCCCUUCCUUCCCCGCCGGUCCUCCGGCCAGAUGGAGCGGCGAGCGUCAGCCGGAAAGCCCCAGCCGCCGGAGCGCUCCGCUGCCCAGCUCGGCUUCAGCGCGGCGCGCUAGGGGCGGCGGGGACCGGGGGCCGAGGAGCAGCGGCGCCCCCGGGCUCGGGCGCGGGUUCCGGCGCCCUGCGCGCCUGAGUCGGAGCGAGGCGCAGGGAGAGCAGUGUGCGCGGCGGUUGCCGAAGCUCGGGGAGGCUGCAGGCCCCGCCCGCCGGCCGCCCAGGCUCUUCCCCUUUUCUCUCCACCCCCUUGCUCCAGUCCCGCACGCCCUGCAGCGAAGCCAGGCCGGUUUGCAGCAGCGGCGGCGGGAUUUUCCGCCGCAGCCGGACUGGGCGCCCGAGUCGGUGCCCCGGGAUGCGGGGCUCUGUCCCGCCGCCGCCUGCCUAGCACGGGGAGCCGGGCUGGGCCGGGUUCCGAGGUCUGGCCGGUUUCUCCUAGGCUCCAGGGUUAGCCGAGGGCUUCCCGGUGGUUCUGAAGUCUUGCAGCCCCGCUAAAAGCCGUGUUUGGGAUAGGGCAUCCUCCCUUCCUCAGGCCGCCGAACUCUGCAGCGCCUGGUCGCCUGCCCACUGGACUCUGCUUGCCGCGACGCCCGCAUUUAAGCACAGAUGCCCCCUCCACUAGGAAGGGACAGCUAGGAUUCCGAGGCGACGGCGUGCCCCCUUCUAAUGACAGCAGGAGUUCCCAGGAAGUAGGACCUACCCAACGGGCAGGAUGUCCCUGGCCUGGCGAGUCACAGUUUCUGAUUGAAAGGAUACUCCCUAAGUUCUCAGCAAAUGGAACAGCUCUUUUGGGUUUUGAAAUCUUUUUGUACCUCCCUCUCCCCACCUUGGGUAAGUUUGUUAUGGUUUAAUAACAACUCCCAAGGGAGUGCAGUAAUUCCUUGGUCGUGCAAAUAUCUGUAAUUUCUUCGACUGUUUUCCCAACCUGCUUCUUCUAGAUGUGUCUGGCCAUGACUGGGAGUUUUAGGGCAUCGUGUGUUGAGAACCCUGUGCCUUCGUUCCGGUCUUAUCUUGGCAUCCUAGACUCUCCAAAGCUCAGAGCAGGAGCACACAUCUCGUUCAGCUUGCUCCCUUUACAGAAGAGAAAACUAAGACCCGAAGACAUUAAGUGGCCCAAGAGCCAGAACACAGGUUCCUUGACUCCCGAUUCCUGAACAAUAACAGAAACACAGAGUUAGCAAAGUUCAAUUUGGGGUCGAUAGAGGGGGUGGCGGAGAAAGAAUGGAUCCAGGAACCCUUCCUCUGCUUGCAGUGAAUCACUGCGUAGGGGGCAGCACCACAGGGCUGUAAAUAGCAGGCUGGCUGGAAUCUGGGAACCAGGAUCCCAGUCUCCCCCUCUCCGCUUCUCACCCCUCUGGCCCAUCUGAAACCCAGGGAUUGGAAAACAAAUCUGCCUCCCAGAGUGGCAAGUGUAAAUGCAAAGCCAGUUUUCAGUAUUUCCUGGGAAUGUGGGGGAGGUGAAAACAGGUAAAACCAAACCUAAAUCACGGUAUAUCGGAGGUCACAAACAUUACAUACAGAUGCAUGCACACACGUGUGCAAAUAGCCAUCCUCUCCCAUUAAGAGACUGACUGAGUCCCUUCUCUACAGCAUGGGCACCAACAGCCUUAGGUGUCCAGAGGCAAAUCACAAAGCGGACUGCCCACUGGCUUUUUGGAGAGCUAACUCGUAUUUAACAGGAUUCUCAGGAACUCUACCAAGAGCUUUAAGAGGCUCAUUAUGGUGAAUUAAUUCCUGGAAUGAGGGACCACAUAGUUAUUGGUCCUAUACGAGACCUGUUCGUUCUUCCUGGUUCUGUUUCUACAUAAACGUCAACAGGAAUUUGGGAAAGUCACCCUCUAAUGGAAUUAAAACAAGAUCAGUAUUACUAGUGGUAGGGACUCAGCCAGAAACUUCAGGAACAUUUAAAAAUUAGAGAUUGCAGGAAUUGUAUGUCCCUGAAUAAUCACUGAAUUCUACUCCUGAAACCAAUAUUGCACUG